GGGCGGGUCCCGGGUGCAGGCGCUGGGACUGGGACAGAGCUAAGGGGCGGGGUGGGUACAGCCGAACUCUGUCUGGCAUCCGAGCAGCAGCCCGCGCUGCACCGCACGUCCACGGCUGGUGCAGGAGGCCGGGUAGGACUCCCAUGCGCUCGGAGCGCAGCGCUCCGGGGUGCGGAGGGUGAGAAGCGGGAGAGGCCGGUGUCCCGUCCCGAGGCCACCUCGGUGCACACUGGGCGCCGCGGUGUGAGCGUGGAAGGCUGGCGGGAACGGAUCCGCGCCUCCCGCCCGGGGCUGCUCCGGAGAUCCUCCGGGUCUCAACGGACUUUCGAGGAUAAAACAUUAUGGUCUGAAAUCCAUACAACCGGGAAGCCUGUCAUCGAAAGUUCCAACAGUUUCCCCACCAGAAAGUGCCACCUGCAGUCAGGCCAGCACCAUCAUGCCUCAGCAGCUCCUGAUCUCCCUUGCCACUGAAGCCAGCACGUGGGUGAAGUUGAACCAUCCCAGGAAGACCAAGGAGGGGGUGUCCCUAUGGGUGGAUGUGACAAAAGUGUUUGAAGGAGAAGCUCUGCCAUCCCAUGACGCCAAUAGGACUCAACAAGAAAGCUUAGCUGAUGGAACGAGCCCUGUCAUCUUUGCAGCAGAAUCCCAGGAAUUGUUGACUUUCAAGGACAUAGCUGUGGACUUAUCCCAGGAGGAAUGGGGGCAACUGGCUCCUGCAUACCGGGAUUUGUAUCGGGAGGUGAUGCUGGAGAACUACAGAAACCUGGUAUCAGUGGGAUAUCAACUUUCCAAGCCUACUGUGAUUUCCCAGUUGGAGAAAGGAGAGGGACCAUGGACGGCAGAGAGUCAAGGCCCAAAGGAUUCCAUUUUAGAUGUGAAGACUAAGCUAGAAACCAAAGAGUCAACUUCAGAGGAUGACAUUUCCGUCAAGUUUUAUCAUGGCGCCAUGCGGGGAAGGCUCAGCGAGGACCAUAUAGUUUGUUCUCCAUUGAAAAAAGCCUCCAGCUACGGCGAUACAUUAGAGAGGCACCCAGAAACCUGUGGGAAAGGCAUGAGACAAGCCGUUUGGACCCACAAAAAGAAACACCAAGAAGUGAACAACCUGGAAAGCCCAGAGAGCGCCAAUGUUCUUUUAGAACAGAAGCAUCGUAAAUACAAACCAGCCAGAAAGAGGAACAAAUAUAAAUCAGAUUCAGUUACUCAUCCAGGGAGCUGCAUAAGAACCAGAAUGUACCGGUGUAAUAUAUGUGAAAAGAUGUUCAAACAACCCGUCCACCUUACUGAGCACAUGAGAAUUCAUACUGGUGAGAAGCCUUUCCGGUGUAAGGAGUGUGGCAGGGCCUUUAGUCAAAGUGCAUCUCUUAAUACACACCGGAGAAUCCACACUGGGGAGAAGCCCUUCGAAUGUCAGGAGUGCGGCAAAGCCUUCCGACAUCGCUCGUCCCUCAACCAGCAUCGCAGGACUCACACGGGAGAGAAACCCUUUGUGUGUGAUAAAUGUCAGAAGGCCUUUAGCCAGAACGUCAGCUUGGUCCAACAUUUGAGGACUCAUUCUGGAGAGAAGCCCUUUAGCUGCAAUGAAUGUGGGAAAACCUUCCGACAGAUUAGACACCUCAGUGAACAUGUGAGGAUUCACACCGGGGAGAAGCCCUAUAAGUGCCCUUCGUGCUGUAAGACGUUCAGUCACAGAGCGUACCUCACACAUCACCAGCGAAUCCACACCGGGGAGAGACCCUACAGAUGUAAGGAGUGCGGGAAAGCCUUCCGGCAGAGGAUACACCUUAACAACCAUAAGACUGUGCAUACGGGACUGAAGGCCUAUGAGUGUAAGCGUUGUGGGAAAGCUUACAGGCACGACUCGUCCUUUAAGAAACACCAGAGGCAUCACUCUGGAGAGAAGCCGUAUGAGUGUAACGAAUGUGGAAAGUCCUUCAGCUAUAAUUCAUCCCUGAGCCGACACCAUAAAAUACACAGAAGGAAUGCCUCUCCAGAUGAUCCAGGACAUAAGAACAACAGGCAGCUCUAAAUUGGUCAUACUGAGCUUUAAAAUUUCAGGACUCAAGGCUGGGGAUUUAGCUCAGUGGUAGAGCGCUUACCUAGGAAGCGCAAGGCCCUGUGUUCGGUCCCCAGCUCCGAAAAAAAAAAAAAGAACCAAAAAAAAAAAAAUUUCAGGACUCAGAUUAACUUGAGAAGUUGAUAACGUUGGUGGCAACUUUGGAGUUUGCCAAAAGUGUAAAUACACACUAUGUCGAUUACUACUGUCUGACACACAAAAUGAUAAGCAUUAUGAAAAAUUCACAAUUAUUUUUUUUAAUUUCAUGGUAGAUGAAUAAAUUAUUUCUUAUGAACUCACUGAUUUAUAGAUCAGUGUUUGGGAACUGCUGUUUAAAAUGUUACCACCUAGACUGAAGAGGUGGCCCGGCAGGCAAAGGGCUUUGCCACUAAGUGCAGUAACUUACCUGAUUUUGAUCCUUGGGACCCAUGAGGUAGGAGAACUGUCCUCACAAGCUGUCCUCUGAGCUCCGUGUGCCCACACCGACUAUCUAAUUUUAAAAUAUUACCCAUGUACUUUACUAAAGUCACAGUUCUGAGUAUCUUUUCUCCAAACUUCUUAUACCAGCUUUCUAAAUACCUCUAAAUACCUGUGCUUUUUUAAAGAAUUAAUUUACAAUACCGAGUUAAAUUGAGGGCAUCAUGCAUUAUUCCCAAGUCCUUCCACUGAACAACAUCAACUUUUUUUUUUCUUUUUUUGAAACAGAGUCUCGUUCUUCCCCCCAAGUCUGGCCUCGGAAUUACUGUGAGGUCAAGGAUGGCCUUAAACUUAGGAUCCUCUUGCCUCUAAACUCUCAAGGUCGGGGAUUACAAACUUGGGCCACCAUACCUUGUUUAUGCAGUGCUGGGGGCUGUGCUCAGAGCCCUGUGUAUGCUAGGCAAGCAUCCUACCGACUGAGCUACAUCCUCAACAACCUCCCCCGUCCCCUUGACACCUUGAAUCCAGUGUGGAGACUGGAUUCACUAAGUUGUCCAGGCUGGACCUGAACUCAUGAUGCUUCCACUUCAAUAUUCUGAGUAGCUGAGAUUAUAGGUUUAUGCCAUGAAGCUCUGUUCAAACACUGCUGAGUAUAGCCAGUUUGCCCCAGGAGGUCUUCUGUUAUGUUUGUAGAGAUGUUCAAACUUGAUAUUGCAAUAUGAAAUUCACGCUCACAAGCCCUGCAGCUGGGGCUGGAGAGAUGGCUCAGCCAUUGAGAAUAUUUACUGCUCCUGCAGAGGACCUUAGGCCAUUCACAACUGCAUAUAACUCCAGUUCCAAGGGGUAUCCAAUACCGGUUGCCUUUAUAAGUACUGCACUUAAAUUCAUAAACCCAGAAUGUAUGCCUUUGCGCUCUCUCUCUCUCUCUCUCUCUCUCUCUCUCUCUCUCUCUCUCACACACACACACACACACACACACACACACACACACACACACACACACGCAAUUUUUUAAAAGCUUUAAAGACUCCUGCAGUUGAGUUUAGAAAAUCUCAACAACAAUUUUGCGUUGGGCUCAGUUCAUCACUAUUCUGGAGUGAAUGCACCCCUUAAACUGCAAAUUGGGCAUUUGCUAGAGCCUGUCCCUUGGCUUGGUCAGUUGCCAGUGCCUGCUGGGUCACCGUGUACCACUUCUCCCUCUGCUGGCGACAGACAUGUUUUUCCCCAUGACUGUCUGUUAGCAGAUUCUCUUCUGUGGCCUUACGCUUGAUUCAGCUGCUCUUACUGACAUUAUACACUUCUCCAAUUUCCAUCUCCAUCUUAGAAGUCUCUCUUGAGCUCCAAACUGUGAUCGAUGUGGAUAUUGAUUAUUCUAUAAUUACUUUGAACUUGACAUGUUGAAAACUUACUGUCUCUACAGUAGAGUCUGCAUUUCUAAGUCAGAAAGGUGCACCACCGUCAAUCCAACUCUGCAGCUGAAACUUGUUCUCCUCACCUGUUAUCUCCCUCAAUUAGUUGUAAUUGGGGCCGUUCUAGGACAGCCCCAGUUCACCUCCUUUCUGUGCCAGGGCGAGCCUCCAUCAGGCUCUUAGCACUUCCUCAUUGCUCUGAUCGUCUGCUGAGCUUCCUCUGGCAGAGAUUGGCAACCGGAAUUGGAUAGGCAUUUUAUCUUCUUUGGUGGCUCAAAUAUUGGCCAGAUUAGACCAGAUUAAAAGUAGAUAAAGGCAGGUUUAUUAGGAGGCAGCCCUCAGGUGGGUUCACCGGUCUCAGAGGUAGAGGUCAGUGAAGUUACACAUCCAGGCUAAAGCAAGGGGAUUUUAUAGAAUUGGGUCGAGAAAUGGUGACGGGCCAGCUAGGAGCUGGGAUGGUGUCCAUACAUGGUCAUCCCGGGUGGGCACUCUUGGGUGGGUUGCCAGAGACAGGGAGACAAGGAGUGAUGACUUGUCAGCCCAGCGUUUUCUCCGAGAAGACAGGGCAAUUUUCUUCUCUGUAUGGGUGGGGUUGUGGGAAGGAGGGCAGACGGGGUCUCCCAGCUUGUGCAGUGAAGAGCAGGAGUUCUAGUCUAACAGCAACCCUUUUGGGGGUUGCAUAUCAGAUGUUUACAUUGCGAUUCAUAACAGCAGGAAAUUACAGUUAUGAAUUAGCAAUGAAAAUAAUCUUGUGGUUGAGGGUCACCACAACAUGAGGAACUGUAUUAAAGGACUGCAGCAUUAGGAGGGUGAAGAACCAUUAGGAAGGUGAAGGAGAAUCUGUACUCCUCUUUAGUCUCCAUAGGUAACUACUAUGACAUUCUAAAACACACCCAAUCAAGCUGCAUUAUUGCUUAAAAUCCUUCAGUUUGAUUACAUGAAGAUGAAGAUCAUUGUGGUGUUUUGAAUAUGCUUGGCCCAGGGAGUGGCACUAAUAGGAGAUGUGACCUUGUUAGAGUAGGUGUGGCCUUGUUGAAGGAUGUCACUGUGUGUGUGUGUGGGGGGGGUGCUUUUAGACACUCUCCUGGAUGCUUUCUGACCAAGAUGUAGAAUUCUCAACUCCUCCAGCACCAUACCUGCCUGGAUGCUGCCAUGUUUCCCACCAUGAUAAUGGACUGAACCUCUGAAUCCAUAAGCCAGCUUCAAUGAAACGUUGUCCUUUAUAAGAGUUGCCUUGGUCAUGGUAUCUCUUCACAGCAAUGGAAAUUCUAAGACAAUUGUCUUGAGUGCAGAACCAUCAAUACUAUUUCUACCCAAAUAUACUUUGAUUUUGUCAUAAAGAUUUUAUGGUCCCCAAAUAUCCAAUCUUAUUACUGGAUUGUCUUAGGGCCUAACACUAGAUAGACUCUAGUAGGAUUAAGAGGCUAGGCUCAGCCACUCACCUUAAAUAUGCCCUUAAUGAAAGGAAGGGGAUUUAUUCAAUGAGACCACGUUGGAAAGAGGAACAAACACAGAGGUCUAACGAUUUCCAAGACUGACCAUCUUUGGGGUCCUGGUUUGGGGCAAGAGGGCUGUCCAACUAAGCUGGUCAGGUCAAGAACGAUCCUGUCCUUGUGUCUCAGUUUGUGUCUUCUGCAGAGUGGUUUGACAAGCUGUAAGGAUCCUGUGAAGUCUCUUCCUGGGAGACAGGUCCUGCUCUGACUAGUCCUGGGAAAAUUCACUUCUCUCAGCCUACUGUUUCCAUACUGCCAAAGGGAGGGUCACAGUGUCUCUCUUUUGUGUUCGCUCCCACCGAGAUUGAGGAUGGUAUUUCGUGGGUUUUAGUCCCCUUUUGUGCAAUUUCCUCUUUUUUUUUUUUUUCUACCCAACUUCCUUGUUUGGCAUCUGCUCACCCUCCCCCAGAUAUAACAGACUUUAUAAAACCCUGAUUCUGGCGAA